AUGCAAGCCGCCAACACCCCUUGCUCUCUCGAGCACACCAUCGACGUGACUGCAAUCGAGGCCCCAGAGGCUCUGCCCCCGGGGGAGGAGGAUGCUGCGACCCACGGCGCCCGCGAUAUCAGGACGGCGCCGUCCAACGUUUUGAGCAUCAGAGAUGAGAUUCUGCGCCUUGCCGACCACGGACUGUAUGGAAUCCCUGUGCACAUCAAGAUCGAUUCUCGUGGCAAGAAGCGGAGCCGAUUCCCUCCCACCUACGCGCACAUCGUCACCGUGGGCGAUUGGGAGAAGUAUAUCGGCGCAGUGCUCGAUGCAUUUGAAAACCCCAACGGAGUGGCCAUACUGACCGGUACAAGCGGUCUGUUUGUCAUAGAUAUCGACGUGGGAGAGAGCGGCGAUAAGAAGUCGGGGAUGGAAUUCUGGCACGGGCAAGUGGAGGAGCAUGGGGAGCCUGAGAGUCUCUCCGUUCGCACGGGGUCUGGAGGGCUUCACUACUACUUUCGGCUCGAUGAAACGACCGGCUUACAUGACACUGCCAACUUUGCUGGACUCACAUUCGAUAUGCAAAAGUUUGGUGUCAAUGCCCGCGGCACCGGAGGGGUGAUUUUUGCACCCCCGAGCAGGUACGGGGAAGGCACGGAUACAUGUCGCGAGUACACGUGGGUGACCGGAGGCGAUGGUAAGAUCAACAGUAUGCCCCCGUGGCUUGUGAGCUUGAUCAACCGAGGGCGCGCCUCGGAAGGGGUCUCGAGGCAUGCAAAAGGCCGAGUGUCUCAUGAUAAGGAAGUCGAUCCUGAACAAAUCACGCCAGAGGCCGUCGACGACGCAGAGGCUGGCGGGCCUGCAGCCAAGGCAGCUCCGGGCUCGGCACACGAGGAAGUGAAGCAAUUGGAGUUGUAUUACAAUUGCUUCGGGUCCGGUUGCUAUGGGAGCAAGCCGAAGCUGCUGGGACGUCUCACGAUAGCCGGUGCUCUUGAGCAAGCUGGGGGUGGUGCUUUUGGACCCAAGGACCAUCAGCCGUCGAGCCUCACUAAGCUGGCCGCUAGGUUCUCCGACCCGUUCAUGCUGUCAAACGUGAGUAAGAGCGAUUUUGGUAGUGCUUUGAUAUUCAGCAAACUUUUCGAGCAUGACAGGCGGGUGGUGUACGACUCAGGGAGAUUCUGGACUCCCGGGCCUCGGAGAGUGCGGACGAAGAGCGAGAAGGGCGUCUUGAAGGGCAUUCAAAAGGCGGAGAAGGCUAUCAUGGCAGACUUCGACAUGGAGAUGAAGAAGAUACCCGAACCGGUGUGGCGUGGGGCAGCGGUCGAGUCUGUUCCCAUCGCUCAAAGGUGUCAGCACUCAGAAGGGGCCGCCACGCCGCACCUUCUUAUGCUCGAUGGAGCGCAUAUUGCAGUCCUCGAAGAGACUGAGGACUCGGAUAUUUACAAUGGAGCAUCGGUGAAGGCGAUCGCGUCCGGCGAUGGGAGCAUGACGGUAAGGGGGUUGCACAAGGACCCCGUCGAGGUCACCAUGAGGUGUUUGCCGAUCAUAUGCACCAACUCAUCGCCAAAGUUCAACGCAGGAGAUACGGGCACCCUCAAUAAGCUGAGGAUUUUCCCGUUUGAGCACGAAUUCGUUGAGAAUCCGAGGCCUGGAACCAACCAGAGAUUACGAGACACCGAUCUCAUGGAUAAGAUCAAAAGCCCCGAAUGGAGGAAGCAGAUGCUGGCUUGGUUGGUGCGUGGCAGCAUGAUGUGGUACGAGCGGGGCACUCUACCGACGGUCGAAGAGUUGCCUGCGGCCAUGGGCAAGGCGCUCGAGAGCUAUUCGAAUGACAACGACCACUUUGGGAACUUCAUCCAGGACAGGUGCAUCGUACAAUGGCAAGCUGUUUACUGGAGUUCGUGUCAGCACGUUGGGCCGGGUGGAAUCAGAUGUGUCGAGGCGAAGUGCAGGGGCGAUUGUACACAAGAGGUGCUAUUUUCAUGGUAG